AUGGGAAUGUCGGAUUUGAAUCGGGACUGGUACGAGUCUUUCAGAGCGCUCGCAGCUCCAACAAACACCGUGUGGGCACAACUGGGCAAUGCCAUUGGAGGGGAAAACCCAGGAGACCGUUUUGGAUUUAGUGGUUUGUCCUUGUCCAAAGAUGGACUCCGCGUGGCCGUCGGAGCGCCCUUUCAAAAUGUCACAACCACAACUACAACUACGCAUACUGGCAGCACUACUAUUACUUCUAUCUUGCCCCAUGUCGGCAAUGUUCGUGUGUUUGACUACGUCAGUAGUACACCCAAUGCGCAAUGGAAACAAGUCGGACCUUCCAUGGAAGGAAUCCACGCAGACGAAUGGUUCGGUCGAUCCGUGGUCAUGUCGGAUGAUGGGCAGUUCGUGGCAGCCUGUGCCUAUCAAGGCAGCAACGAAAACGGCGAUGAAAACGCGGGAAACGUUCGCAUCUUUCGACAUGUGGCCAAUGACAGCAAUGCAACAACCACGUCCUCGUCGUGGGAACAAGUAGGACAAACCCUUCAUGGACUUGGAACAUUGGAUCGUCUCGGUAGAUCUCUGGCCAUUUCAGCCAAUGGGUACCGUGUCGCUGCCGGGGCCAAUCAAUUCAAGAAAGAACCCAAUGGAACUGGCUACGUCCAAGUCAUGGGGCGAGAAAUCGCCCUAUCGUCGGAUGGAUCCAUUCUGGCUUGCAGUGCCAGCCUCAACAGUGACAAUGGAGAGGACGCUGGCAUGGUGAGAGUCUAUCGUCAUCAACUUGGCAGUGAUAGUGAUGCAUGGCAACAACUGGGACAAACCAUUCUCGGUAACCAGGCCGGAGAGCGAUUCGGCGAAAGCCUCUACCUUUCGGGGGACGGAACCCGUAUUGCCAUUGGUGGAACGGAGAAACAAACAGGAGAGGGUGUCACACGUCUCUUUGACUACGAUCGAGAAACAGAUUCAUGGGUCCAAGUGGGCCCUGACUUGAAUGGAGUUGCCGUGGGAGAUCGGUUUGGAGCGGAUAUCCAAAUGUCUACUGAUGGAUCAUUCUUGGCCGUCAGCUCUCCCUCCAGCGAUGCCAACGGUGAGGAUUCCGGCAUUACACAAGUCUUUGACUUGACAGCUCUGUAG